UAAUAAUAUGAUUGAAGGACUGAUUUGUUUACGUUUUUUUAAUAUAAUUUCAUUGCUUCAGUUAUGGGCAAAUUGAAGGACUUUUUAGGAGUCAUGGCAGAAUCAAAUAAGAAGUUGCAGCAAGAGGCAAUGAACUCCAAGAAUCUUGAUAUUGAGGCACUCACAGGGGAUGAAUCAGAAUAUAUUGAAAUGGAUUUGAUGCUCGGUGUUGCUGAUCUAAACACCCCUGAGGCUGUUGCUGCUGCUGAAUCCGCCAUUGUAGGUUCUCAACCCAUCAUAUCUCUUGAUGCUAGUAGUAGUGAAUCUGAAUCAGAAGAUAGCUCUGACGAUGACAGUUGCAAUGAUGAAACUAACAAGGCGUCCGGCUCUCGUAUGAAGUCAAAUGGUCAAACUCUAGGUGGUAAAUCGACAAAUGCUAUUUCUGAAAACGGUCAAAAAAGAAAACGAUCGAAGAUUGUUGAGCUCCCAUAGUAAAGAUACAUUGACUGCAAGAAAGUGACGAUUUCUUGUAGCAUCUGCAAGAGAUGUUUUGGAUUUGAAAAGUUUAAUAUUUUCUAUUUCUAAUGUAUAUGGUUUGCAAGAUGAAAUGAAGAUGUGGUUGUGUGCUUGGAUUA